CAGAGUGGGGAGGAACCCAAGCCCCCUCCAUUGUCAGUUCUACAUCCUACUGCUGAGGCCAGCCUGGAAGGAGCCACUAUAGAGUCAGUGAGCCUGGGCCUGGGCCUGGGCCUCCCACACUUAGCAGGAGUGACCUUGUUAUCUACCUAGGGAAUGUCAAUUCCACGGACAGUGACUGUUUGGAACAGUCAUUUGAUAGCUUCUUUGGGCUCUAGGCUAGUUGUGGGCUGUGGGGCUGGGGUGGGGUAACUCCUAGGUGCCUACAUUGGGAAAAACAGCAGCAUACUGUGGCCUGGGCUCCCUGUUGGGGCUGAAGGGAAAAGUAGAAAGUGAUAUAUAGGAAAAACCAGAGUAGUACUUUUCUAUUUAUUACUGGUGUGUAUUUGUGUGUGUGUGUGUGUGUGUGCACAUGCGUGUGUACACGUGUGUGGGAGGCAUAUGCCACAGCAGAGGUCAGAAGACAACUUGGUAGAUUCAGUUCUCUCCAUCCACCUUUAUGUGGGUUUGGGGGGAUCAGACUCAGGUGGCCAGGCUGCAUGGCCAGUGGCUUACCUGCUGAGCUAGCUCCUAGUUAUCUCUUUUGACUCAUUUUCAUACCGACAUGAAAAGAUUAACUCUUUCCCUGCCCUUUCUCCACAACUAUCUCACCCAGAUUCGUGACCCAGGGUUUCAUUUGAGUUAAGAGUCCAUGGGCUUAACUUUUCCUCCCAAAGUUUUUCGGUCUUCACGAUACAUUUUUUCUGACCAGGGCAUUCCCCACACCUUACGGAAGCAGUUUUAAGGCUCAGAAACAGACGAACACCCCAGAACCUGUCCCUCCUACCCUGUCCCUCCCAGGAAGAGCACUCAUCUGUAGAGCAUGUUGGAACAUACCCUUUCCUUCAAAGGACCGUUUUUGGAAUCCUUGGGUGCCGUGGUAGUAAAACCCCCUCUACUGUCUUGAAUGAAGGUUUGCAGGAAGCACAACCAUGAAGGCAGGCUACCCCGGAUUGAGCCACUCUGCCGGGGGUGAGAACCUGUCCUGGCUUCUGUGAAAAGCCUGGCAGGUGGAAAUUCCUAUUUCUCCCUUGUGCUCAGGGACCUAUCUCUGCUCAGCCCCCAGCCCAGUCCCCUUGGUGUUCAAAUGCCCAGGAGCUCGGCCUGAGGUCUGGAAGUACAGUCAUAAAUUCACAGUGGGCUGACUAAAUAAAGCUGACUGACAUUUGUUACUAUAUCCAGUAACCACACACAGUUUUACCUGUUGUUUUAAAAAUAAUAAAAACCCACGUUGACUCCAGCACAAGCAAAUCUAGCUUGGUUCCUUAUUCCUCCCUGCAGCAGGCUCUGUAGGCAGACACACAGGUUCCUCCUGGUCUUAAGCCUUGUUUGCUAGGUGGCCAUGGAGAAAUUUUAAGAAGUGUGCAGGCUUGGGGAGUUAGGAUAAGAACCAAAGGAAACACACCCUCCCAUCCAGCCCGUUAGACGUGGUUGCCUCACAUCCGGUGGGGCUGAGGACUCUACAGUCAGUGAACUCCACUGUACCACCCCAGGUACACUUUCAUUACACUCCCGGAAAGGCUGGGGUCUAACCCGGCUCAAGGGUAGCUGGCUAAGCCGUCCCCUAGCUCUUUGGGAGAUUGGAAGCCAUUGGUUUAUGCCACUAAGAGUUGGGACUUUCGAUUUCCUGGCCCAGGCUGUUGGCUUAAGAUUUAGGAUUAGCAUUCAAGAAGAGGCCAGUAAGGGCCCUGGAGAAGACAGAGGCUCCUCAGGGGAGCCGUGUGUGUGAGUGUACCCAUCCAGAGAUUGCAGUUCUAAGACCCGACAGAAACUGCUGUGUGAUUCACCGACCUGCUGUAAAUCGAAUCUAGUUAGUCUUGAUUUCUCCACUGGGGCAGAGAGAAUCCGAUCUGGGCUUCGAUUUACUUCAGCGUGCCAGGGAAGAACCUCCCCUGUGACGGCCUGCUCCGGUGUUUUCGGUAGACUCCAGGGGCUUCUCCCCUGAAAACCCCCGGGAAGCCUGGGCCUCUUGGUGGCGCCUCCCGCCCUUCUGCAGAGGGCACCCUGGGCCGCCAACCUGAAUGUUAAACAUUAGUAAAUGCAAGUGAUUUUCCUCUUUCAACUGUCAGUCUCCUGGGUCCUGUUGAACUUGGUUUCCUCUUGGGGAUCCUCUGGCAGGACUGUCAAAACCAGAACCCCUUUUCUACCCCUAGUUACUAACUGGACACUGACUUUCUAAUAGCCAACAGCGGAUCAUCCCCUACAGCCGCGGAUAGCACCUGGGGCCUGUGGAUGUGGCUUGCGGUCUGCAGGGGGCACCCGGGGCCCUCCGCGCCGGACAGCGACCAGGUCGGGAGCGUGCGGGUCGGGAGCGCGCGGGAGCCGGAAGGGGCGGGCGGUGCGAUGCUUGAGGGCGUCGCAGUUCUGAAUCCGUCCCCGGAACCGGCCGAGAGGAGUGCUGAGCACACUGCCCUGCCACUCGCCUGCUCUGUCCUGUUCCCGGGUCCCUGCUCUGCGCCCUCUGCGGGUGGGAGGGAGCGGCGUGGCCAGCUCCCGGCUAGUGCAACGAGGCCCCGCAUGUGCCUUCUGGGGGCGGGGGAAGGAGGCACUGGCUAAAGAAAUCUGUGAAUCAGAAGGCCUCCGGGUUCUAGUAACCAGAUCACUGCCAAGAGAAGCAAGUCACUGAGUGUGAAAAACUAUAGCCAUGGGAUCCCCAAAAUCUGAGAACAAAAAGAGAAUCCUUCCCUCAUGGAUGACAGCCCCUGAGGAUGAGCGGAGAGAGCUGUCAGCAAAGACACCCAAAAGGAAGAGGAGAGCGGCUGUGCAGGAGGGGGUAGCAACAAGGGCCCCUGCCACGAAGACUGUGUACUGCAUGAAUGAAGCUGAAAUGGUUGAUGUGGCCCUGGGGAUCCUGAUCGAGGGCCGAAAACAGGAAACGGCGUCUCUGGUGACCACUGAUAAACUGCAGCUCUCCCCUCCCUACUCGGCCUCUCCUCACACCAGUUCCCCCGGGAGCAGCAGCGAGGAAGAGGGCAGCGGGAGCAGCUCGCCUGCUCUAGACCCGAGCCCUUCCCAGGCGCCAGAAGCUGCCGACUCGCCCUGCAGCAGCAGCCCGAAGGAGGAAAAGGAGGAGGAAGAUGUGUUAAAGUAUGUCAGGGAGAUAUUUUUCAGUUGAUGUGAACUGUUCACUGGACUCUGCUGAGAGCGGAGGGGUCUGUUGAGAACUCAGGUUACCACCUACCUCUGUCGCCCUUGAAAACCAGGCCUUGCUCCCAGCUUCCAGUCCCAGGAGGCUUUCAUUUGGGGGGGCUUUUCUGAAUGGGGGAACAUAUUGCAGGAUGCACAAAUGCAUCCCAUUAGAGUCUCGACCUGCACUGCCCUCUAACUCAGAAGGUCUGGCAUCCCAGCCCUGGGUUUUAUUCAAGUACCAGCAAAAAUGAGGUCAGGGGCUCACUUGCUGGAAGCAAAUAAAGUUAUAGCUGCUGAGAACAUGGGCAUUCCAGAUAGGCAGCCAGAGCUCACCCUGAGGAGGAGGCCUGCAUACAGUCUCCCUCAUGACACAGUCCAACAACCAACUUCCCUCUCCAGCCUCAAAUCCUGGCAGCCGCCCACCGUUUCCCGCCAGACUAACAGCAGGG